UUAGGUAACAAUACCGCGUAAGUCGAAAAAUGGCCAUAUGACGUUUUAUACUUCAUUGGAUAGAUUUUGAUGGCGCGCGUCGAUUUAUGUUACAAAAAUUUUAAAAUUAACCAAUCGCAGCGCGUUAUUUGAACAGUUCUGGCACCGCGCAAAUCGCUUGUUGUUCCACAACCGCAUAAGUCGUCAGACCGCCAUACUGUUUCGAGUGAAUGUGUGACCGCGCAGAAAAUUUACUGUUUUUUAUUUAUUUAUCACGGUUUUAUCAGCGAGACCGACAGUUCUGAUGCAACAAAAAGCAUAUUAUGAAAAUGGCCGAGGACCUUGGUGAUAACGCUUCCAGAAUGAAUGAUGAGGAGAAAGUGGAGACUGAGGUCUUGACUUUACUUGAUUUAAAAAAAAGGCGGGAAGCGUUAUUAGAAAAAAAAAGAUUAUUUUAAAAAGAAUAAAUAGCGAAAAGCUGGCACAGGUAACAGAUAAACAUUAUAAGUUUUACCCCAAAUCUAUGGAUUCUGCUUCUAAAUCAACUGACGAAUCUAUUACUGAGCACUUACAUCAAGCAGAUUAUAGUAUAACUUUCGGACAUGCCAGCCUUGAUGAUGAAGAUAUUGCACAAACUGAUACAAUCACAUUCAGCAGUAAUACGAUAUUUCAAGAUAAAGUAGAAAUUAACAACACAAAGGAGAAUGACGCAAAUAUAACUAACAUUGACAACUUAAAAUUUAUAGAGAUGAUAGACAAUUCUUCAUUUAAUUUUACGGACAUUGGCAAUAAUUCAGUAAUGGACAUUUCAAUGAAUGAAUUUAUUCCUGAUGUUUCUUCAACGAACAAGAUAUUAUUGAUAGAAACUAGUACAUUUUUUGGAAACCCUAAUCCUCAAACCAAUGUAAAUGUUAUCGCAAAUGAUAUUCCCGAUGUACUGGAUUCUACUGUUACAGUAACUGCUUCAACUGAAAUAUCAAGCCCCCAAAUCGAUGAAGUUGCCGCUGUUGGUGAUACGUCGAUGCCCCAACCUAAUGAAGUCACUGUUAUUGGUGACGCAUCAAGGUCUCAACCUAAUGAAGUUGCCACUGCUGGUGAGACAUCUAACCCACAACCCCAUGAUUUAGCAAACACUGAUACGUAUUACGGAGAUUUAUCAAUUAAUAGAAAAAGGAAAAACAAAGCUAAUAAAGAGCCUGGUAAGUGGAAGAAAAACCUAAACAAAAAUUUAAGAAUGAAAGGAGAGCCGUAUUUAGGCUAUAGACGAGUCACGACCAAUAAAAAUAUUAAAAAAAAAAUCCAUCAUGAUGUGUUAAGGCCUGCACGAAGCAUGAAACCUUCAUGUAUUUCAUCUUUUUGUAAGAAAUCGAAACUGAGAAGUUGUCAGAACAUAGAUGAAGAUAAAAGAAAAGAGUUAUUUAACACGUUUUGGAAAACGAUGUCAUGGGAACAAAGAAAAACUUUUGUAUGUUGUCAUGUUAUAGCAAAUGACAAAAAGGUUACUAAGAAUCCUGAGUCAACAAGAUUUAAAACUCUAGCUUAUUUCUUAACUAUUGAAAAUAUACGCUACCAAGUAUGCAAGAAGAUGUUUCUAAAUACUUUAGGGAUUAAGGACUGGUUUGUACGUUAUUGGCUUGAGAAAACAAACAGCGCCAUGCCACCACAUUCACAAAAAGAAAUCCAUUCAAAAAAAAAGCAAGCUGCUCAUGUCUUUGCGGAGGAAUUCCUUAAUAGUCUUCCUAAAAUGCCAUCACACUACUGUAGAUCCAGUACGUCAAGACAAUACCUAGAGCCGUUAUUUCAGAACAUGGCGCAGCUAUACAAGGAAUUUUCUAGUAAAUGUGAAUUUGAAUCAGUAGAAUGUCUUAGUCGCAGGAUUUUUGAUAACAUUUUUUUAAAGCUUAAUUUAAGCCUUUAUCAUCCGAAAAAAGAUCGGUGUGAUGUAUGCUGUGGUCAUGAAGCAGGCAAUAUUAAUGACGCAGAAAUAGCACUACAUAGACAACGGAAGGAAAAAGCUAGAAAGGAAAAAGAAAUAGAUAAAGAUUUAGCCAAAGAAGGAAAAUGCCAUGUAUUUACGCAAGAUGUUCAAUCAGUUAAAUUAGCUCCUAAUCUUCAGGCAAGUGCUAUCUACUAUAAAACGAAACUGUGUGUGCAUAACUUUACAAUGUAUAAUUUGGCUACUCACGAGGCUGUUUGUUACUGGUUUGAUGAAUCUAAUGCCUCACUGGAAGCUUCUGUGUUUGCAUCUUGUAUUGUUGAUCAAUUGCAAAGUGUAUUGAAUAGGAAAUUGUUACCUGUAAUACUAUUUUCCGAUGGUUGCUGUGCACAGAAUCGAAAUUCUGUCUUGAGUAAUGCCCUUUUACGUUUGGCAAUAGAAAAGCAAGUUAUUAUAACUCAAAAAUAUCUAGAAAAAGGGCAUACUCAGAUGGAAUGCGAUUCUGUGCAUAGUGCCAUCGAAUGCAAAUUAAAAGGAAGAGAAAUCUACUUACCUUCUCAGUAUGCAAGUAUAGCAAAAUCAGCUAGAUCUUAUCCAAUGCCCUACGACUGUCGUUAUCUGGAUUAUAAUUUUUUUACUGAUUUUAGUAAAACAUUAAUCUACAAAACCAUACGCCCGGGCAAGAAAACUAAUGAUCCCACUGUGACUGAUUUAAAGCUUAUAACUUACAAACCAGAUGGUACUAUUUGGUAUAAAUUAAAUUUCGAAGACCCUCAGCUGCAUCUCUUGCCUCAACGUCCACUAAAAUUGAGUAAUGCUGUGCCGCCCUUAAGUGAGCUGCCUAAAUUGUAUGAUGCAAGAUUACCAAUUUCCCAGCGAAAAUACAAGGAUCUCCAAGACUUAAAAGCGGUGCUACCAUCUAACUGCCAUACAUUUUACGAUGAAAUACCAUUAAUUUAAAGUUUAAUUACUGUGAGGUCACAGUAAUCAAACUUUUAGUGGUAUUUCAUCAAAUUAUCAGACUGAGAUGAUUAAGACUGAUAAUAUAUUUUUUUAUUAAAAAUUAAACUAUAAUAGAUAGAAACAG